UAGGCAAUGUGCUACCUUACUGGGUGUAUUAGCUAAGGAGCCUGCGGAUGUUUUGUUGAGGAAACGAUGUUUUUCAGUGAAAUUGUGAAAAAAGACAGUUUCUAAGGCACGACACACCGUGAAAGACACGUCAGUGGGUUAUUAGUGUAGGCGCCGAUGUUUGAGAAUUUGUUCAAGGUGACCUACGAUGUCAUGCGUUACAAACUAGUCACACGUAUAACUGCAAGGACGGGAAUGGACAAUACUGCAGACGCUAAAAUCAGGGGUAACGAGAUAAUGCUGGUCACUAGUGAACGGCACUGCCGUGCUCAGAGGGAAGCUCUUCAUGCCUCCCACUCCUACCUGUGUCUUCUGGCAUCGACCAGGCACCACCUCACCCUGCACAAGCUCUUCCAUGGCAAAGGGGAGCGAGCACCGGAACAGGUGGCCAGAUUAGUGGGCCUCCAACUGCCCACACAGCCAGGAGGGAAAGGAUGGGAAAAAUGAAGGUGGAGACACAACAACUGAUGGUGGCUGUGGAUCCUGGCUUUCUUUCGCUAUUUUAAAAAGCUGUUCAACUUGUGUAAUCAAAAUACCUAAAAGUGAAAUAAAGAUUGCUGUACAAAAUAAUAAAAAAAAAUAUCAUGAAGAUGAGAUAAUGUAACAUAAAAGGGAAAUGAAGACUGAUGAUAGGCAAAUGGUGUGUAUUAAGGACACAGCCAACAGAGGUACAUCACCUUUUCUGUCUCGGAAAAGAUGUACAAAGUUCAUGAACAUCUUUGCUUUUGGUCAACGUGACGGUCCUUGACCUUUUUUGGGUUUAAUUUUGACAGUGUCACUGUGCUUGUGAAUGAAUAUUAUUCUGUACAAUGUGUGUAAAUAUAAACAAUGUGUAUGACAUAUCGGGAAUCAUAGCAGUUAAAGAACUGGUGUUUUGAAUAAAUCUUAUAUUUUCCAUGCAA